UAGGGCGAAGUGUUGAAGAAGACGUCCUUCGACUACGCGGACUUAAGGAUCUUGGCUUGCGUGCCUAUAAAAUACAGCUAGUGCAAGAAUUGAAGGAAAAUUACCAUCGUUUGCGUCGCAUUUUUGCUAACGGGGAUUAUUUAGAUUUAUUAUUCAGUUUUAUUGGAAAAAGUAGUGAAAAAGUGGAAUGAUCGAAUAAUUACAUGAAAUUAUCUACCAGAUUAUAAAAGAAAAAAUAAUUCCAACACUACUGCUGCUUUUUAUUAUCAGUUUAAGUUCUCAAGCUCAAAAAACAAAAACAUCCACGCUCGUGUCUUCAAAAUGUUGCUCUUAUCAGUGUCUUAAAAUAAUGCUUGCUUAUCAACCGUUUGCGUUCGUAAACAAUUAUUGUUUGAUCAUCAAAUAAAUGAUCAAAAAGACGAAUAUAAAAAUAUAGAAAUUAGUAAAUAUAAUACAUUGAAUACACCAGAUAUGAUUGAGCCUUAAACUGUCCCGUAGCAAAAGUCCGGCAUUUAGUCUAAAUCGCCGUUUCUACGCUUCAGUACGCACUGAUUUUAUCUCUAGUCCUACAAAAUGAUACAAAUUAAACAUAAGGCUAGCGGAAAAACGCUUAAAAUCAAUACAUUUUGGUUACGUGAUCAUUGUCGUUGCGGUGACUGCUACAAUACGGAGACGAAACAACGCAAAUACAAUCUGCUGAAUAUACCGAAGACAGUGAAACCAAUUAGAGCUCAAUAUAUCAAUGACGAGCUGCAAUAUGAAGUGCACUGGAGUGAUGGCCACACAUCCAUCUAUCAUAUUGAUUUUCUAUACGACGUCCAAGUUGAACACGUAAUAUCACAUGCCCAAGAGUCGACUGUGCGCAUACCUUGGAAUCAUGACUUCAUAAUGGCACACGAAGAGCACUUGCGCACCACACUCGCUGAGUUGGUCACUUCAGAAGAAUCCGUGCGGAAAAUUGUGCAAAGUCUGAUACGCUAUGGCAUCGCUUUUAUUGAUGGCGUGCCGAUCAAUACUACAAUGACCGAAAUGGCUGUGCGUCGCAUUUUUCCGCCGAUGAAAACAUUUUUUGGUGAAAUGUACACUUUCUCAGAUGUACAGGAUCAUGCAGACACCGCUUACACGAAGCAAUAUCUCGGUUUGCACACCGACAAUACUUACUUUUGUGAUGCUGCGGGCCUUCAAUCACUGCACUGCCUUCAGCAUGUCAAUGGUACGGGUGGUGAAAGUUUCUUCGCUGAUGGUCUGCAUGCAGCACUGGAGCUAAAACGACUUAAUCGGCGUGCAUUCGAGAUACUCACACGUGUACCGGUUCCCGCCGAGUACAUUGAAGAGGGUCAACAUCAUAAGCAUUCGGCGCCUAUUAUACGUCUCGAUUCGGUGAGUGGCGAAAUAGUGCAGCUGCGCUUGAAUGUGUACGAUCGUGCAGUCUUCGAUAGCAUUCCACAAGAACAAAUGCAAGAUUUCUAUGAUAGUUUUCGUGAUUAUUUGGAAAUUGUACAGCGCAUUGAUAAUGAGUGGAAUUUCAAGCUACAACCUGGCACGGUGGUGAUUUUCGAUAAUUGGCGCGUAUAUCACGGACGACACGCGUACACAGGUCAACGCAUGAUGACCGGUUGCUAUGUGCAACGUACAGACUUUCUGAGUAAGGCGCGCGUUUUGGGCAUCAUAGACUGACAUGUGCAACUUAAAAUAUAACGUAAUUCAAUAACCAUUUAUUUAUGUUAUAUUUUCAGGAAUAAAACAGAUGAGCUUUACAUUGUUUUA